UUGUUUUGCUCUGUGAUAAUUUUGAAAAAAAAAAGUGUUUUCUAAAUUUUUGUGUGUUUAUUUUAGUUUUUGUCUCUUCUUCUGUGUAUAAAGGCAAUUAGUUAAUUUUUUGAAAAACGUUCUUGUAAAUUUCAAGUGCAACUAAAUUAUCGUAUCCAUUCAAGAUGCAGUGUGCGCGAAGAAUUUUUGUCAAUACCAGUUAUAAUAGAGUCCCCAUAGUUACUACCAUUCGUUUUUCCUGCAGCGGCAAGGAGCAGCGAGCAAAGGGAUUAGUGCUUGGCAUUUACCAGAAGGAGGGUGUAAAGGAUGCCAAGCUUACCCACAGCGCCGAGAAAUUUAACGAUCGCAUCAAUGGCAAGCUGAUGGAUUUGAUAUGCGAAACGAAAAUCGAUGGUCGGCUGGGGCGAGGCAAGGUGUUCAACAAUAUUGAUCAAGAAUUUACGAGCGUUGCCGUGGUGGGCGUGGGCUUGGAGGGUAUCGGCUUUAACGAGCUUGAGAUGCUGGACGAAGGAAUGGAGAAUGUGCGCAUUGCUGCUGGCAUUGGUGCCCAAGCGCUGCAAAGGCUUCGCUGCACUGAUAUUUAUGUUGAUAGCAUGGAUUAUGCGGAGCAAGCAGCGGAGGGUUCAGUCUUAUCGGUUUGGCAAUAUACGGAAACGCUCAAUAAAAAGUAUCGACUGACUGUGCCAAAGCUGGAAUUGUACGACUCAAACGAUGUAGACGGCUGGACGCGUGGCUUGUUCAAGGCGGAAUCACAAAAUCUGGCUCGGCGCUUAAGUGAUGCGCCUGCCAACUGCAUGACGCCUACGUUGUUCGCUCAGGCCACCGUGGAUGCUCUAUGUCCUUGCGGCAUAACCGUCGAAAUACGUACCAUGGACUGGAUAGAGCAACAGCGGAUGCACUCGUUUCUCAUGAUAGCCAAGGGCUCCUGCGAGCCGCCGGUGCUUAUGGAGAUAAGCUAUUGCGGCACUGCGCCAGAGGACAAGCCUGUGCUCUUUUUGGGCAAGGGCAUCACGUUUAACUCGGGAGGCAUCAAUCUGCGACCUUGCAAGGACAUGGAUGAGUAUCGGGCGGGAAUGUCCGGUGCCGCAUCUUGUGUUGCCAUGUUGCGCUGCGUUGCGGCUCUGUCGCUGCCUAUUAAUGUGGUACUUAUCGUUCCUCUGUGCGAGAAUCUGCCGUCGGGCAUGUCUACAAAGCCAGGCGAUGUUUGCACACUGCUUAAUGCCAAAUCGUUGGCCAUACGAGAUCUGGACAAGGCGGGAGUUGUGGUAAUGGCCGACCCGUUGAUCUAUGGCCAGAAGACAUACAAGCCUCGGCUAGUGGUCGAUGUGGCGACACUUGGCACAGGUGCGAAAAAGGCAUUCGGUGGCGGCGCUUCCGCCCUCUUCUCCAAUUCGCACUACAUCUGGAAGCAGUUCCAGCGCGCCGGCUCUCUGACGGGUGACAGAAUGUGGCGUCUGCCACUGUGGCAGUAUUUCAAAAAACAAGUUACCGAUGAGCUUGGCUACGAUAUUAGCAACGACGGUCGUGGCCUGGCUAACUCCUGUCUGGCGGCAGCCGUUCUCCACGAAUUGGUGCCCUGUGCGGAUUGGGCGCAUAUUGAUACGCGUGGCUCCGGCAUGCUUAGCCAUUAUGGACUCAUACCCUAUCUCAAAAGCUGGCGAAUGACCGGACGACCCACGCGCACCUUGGUGCAGUUCCUAUACCAACUGGCUUGUCCAGAGAACAAAUGAUCUAUAUGCACAUACGUGUGUGUAUAUUUAUGUAUAUGUACUUCUGCACUUGUAGGGCAAUUUGCGAAUUUGAGGCUUAUCUCCUUCUCAGAUUCACUGUCCUACAUACUUUUUUAUAUGAACGAGGAGGAUUGUACGAUGCAUUUUGCUUUAAGCCUGCAAGGCUAUCGAUCAUAGCUCGGUACACAUUCAACACGCUGGUGGUCGUCACAUUAUGUUUAAUAUAUGUUUUAUGUAUCUUGUAAUAUAUAUAAAAUAUAAACGGAUCUGCUCUUUAUACAAACUA